AAACAAAGAUGGCGAACUUUUUUCAAAAAUCUUGCUGUAACUUUUCAAGAUUUUGGAUUGCUUCUACAAAUUUAUUCACAUCGAAAACAAGUUUAAAAUAUCCGCUAUCUACUAGUUUCAUGCUAAAUCCUUUUGGAUGUAAAAGAUACAUUCAUUUGCAUAGGCCAUUUUACAAUUUAUUGACGCCAGGAGUGGGGCAUAGAAGACCACGUGUGAAAUGGAUACAUACAACCAGAACUGGGUUUAGUAUUGAGGAAUUUUUUCCUCCUGGAGUGUUAGAAACUCAACAACCAUUGCCUGAAGAAGUGAAAUCAGGUACUUAAAUCAGUAAAAUAUAAAAAAAAACUACUUUUGGAACAACCUGGGUGAUUUUCAUGCCGGUUCUGGAAAGUUAACUUUUUGCACGCUGGAUAUCGGAUUCAUGUAAAUGUAUGCCAAUUUUGGAGAUAUCAAUGCGCAAAAGUUCCAAAUACACCUUUUUAGUAUAAACCUAUUUGGUCCAAAUUUGUGAACGUUGUACAAAUUUGUGAACUUUGUACAAUUACUAGUCUAUGUCCUGACUGGAAAGUUUGGAAAUUGCGCACCGGAGAUUUAAAAAAUUUAUUAGUAAUUAUAUAGAAAGCAUCAAAAUUGCGCACCAGAGAUAUCCGCCGCGUGAUACAAACUUUCCACACUGGGUCUAUGUAAACAAAUGUAUGCCAAAGUUUGUGUUUGUACACUGGACAAGUCCAGCAUAUAGACACUUUGCAUUCCAGUCUGGAUUCCAUGUGACCAUUUUCCAAUCCAAGUUCACAUUAUCCAUUUUUUACCUUCAUAUUUCAUGGCAGAAAUUCACCCCAGAAUUGAAAUCUUGAUACCAGUAUGCUCAAAUAGACUAGCAUGAAGAUUUCAAAUAUGAGGUCCAUUUUUGGAAAAAAUCUGCACAUGGAUAGUAUUAGUGAGAUGAAUGCUACUGUACUGACAUCAUUUUGGGAAUGAAAUAUGGCAAGUCUGUUAACUAUUCUGUUUCCAUUAAUGCCAGGUAGAAGCUGGAGAGCAGCUGAAUUAAGACAGAAGAGUAAUGAAGACUUACAUAAACUUUGGUGAGGGUUUACUGAGUGACCAAAUAUUAAUUUUCCUUUGUGGACCUGUUCCUCCAGAGGGCUGAAAUAGCUCAAAAUCUGUGAUUGUUAAGUAAUUGGGAUAAAACUGACUUUUCUGUGAAAACUGGAUAUUAAAUGGUAUGAGAUUGGGUAUGGGGCCCAGUUAAAGUAAUUCCCAAACAAGUCCAUCAAGGCAUGAGUAAGUCUGCCAGCAUGGCAGCAUGCUGCCAGGAAUUUUUUUUAAUCUCACAGGAAUUUUUUAAGGAAAAGCAAGAUAUCAAGAAUGAAGCUCGAGAAAUUUCAAAAAUCAGCAUUAAACUAACAAACAUCACAAUUAGAGUAUAAAUACAACAAUCAUAACAUAAAAAUUUGUAUCAUGUGGCAGUGCUAUGACUGUCUGUUAUCAUGAUUCAUGAUAUGGAAAACAAAGGCAUACUACUAUUAUUGAAUAGUGCAUGAAUACUGAUAUAAAUUCAAACAAAAUUCAAAUAUUGUUUCAUAGAAUUCCUUCAUAUGUUCCUAAUUCUAGUAAACCUAUAUUUUUCUUAAUAUUGAGGUAGUAUAUGACUUAGUAAGGUAGUAUGUAUGACGCUGUUAUUGAAUUACAACCAAAAUUCAUAUUUAUAAAAACAAUUGGCAGGAAAUUUUUGAUCUGGGAAGCCUGCUCCAGGAAGAGAAAUAUUUUAUCAGGGCUUGCUCCAGGAAGAGAAAUAUCUUAUCCAUGAAGUGGAUGAUAAAGAAAAUCAGUUUUGAAAUUAUUCAAUCUCUCUUGCAAAUGGAAGGAACUUCAUCUUUGUUAAUUGUUAUUCUCCAUUAAGGUAUGUUUUAUUAAAAGAAAGAAACAUGUUAUUAACAGUACAGGCAGAAGCAAGAAGACAAGAAGUGGUAAUGCCUUCACCUCAGAGAUUCCAUAAGGUCAAAAAAUCUAUGGCCAUGAUCAAAGUCGUGCUGGAUGAACGAGUAAGUUCAUUGAUGAAUUCAUUUUGCUCCCCAAUGUACCCUACAAUGUACCCUACGUACAGUUUUCCCAGUAGCCAUAUGAAUUAGGCAUGCAUACAUAGCUAUGCACUAACAGUACAUAUAUGCCAAUACUGCAGUUGGGUUUUCUAGAAACGAGCAAUUGAAGCUAUUGAAAGAAAUUACAAGAAUGCUGAGAAGAACACAGUUGAGUUGACUGCUAAUUCUUUAGGUGGUAAGGACAAAGUGGAUAAGAAUUCAAAAAUUGACCAACAUCAAUUGUCAAUUACAACAUGACUAUUAUAACUCAUCUGCAACCCAUCUGUUAAUUUUGUUGUUAUCAGCUAUGAUCCAGGUAAAAGAGGGUGCAGAUUUUUAUGGGGUUGCAUGCCUCAAUGACCAUAAUGCUAUAAAUCUCCAAAUGAUUCCACAAUGAAACUGUAAAUAGACUCCAGACCUGACAUGUUGAGGUUUGUGAUCACUCUCGUCAGUCGUGAGCUUUCACUCCCCUUAAUUUGUUCCUGAAAGGGCGAUUGAUAGUGUGCCUUGCCUUGCAAGUUGAAAUGCUUUAUUAAGAUGAACUAAAAAGUGAAUCAUUUGGUGUUCAGAUCAAUGAGGAGACUGUUGAUUUAUCUUUAGUACACUGAUAAAGCAACAGUUGAGAAAGUGUUACUUAUAGUAUGUUAGUAUACUAUCAGAUGGAGUAAUGCGUUAUCUAAUUCGAUCUAAUAACCAGUCUGAGUCAGCUUGCUUGCUUGCACACUAGAAAACUAGUUGAUUAAUAUAUCUGUCAAUAUAUAAGAUAACAAGAAUUUCCUGCUGGAUGUUUUCCUGCGCAGAUAUUUUGUUGAAAAUUUUCUGGCAACGAUGGUGGACAUUUUCCACCAUUUUCCAUUUGCUAACUUAAGAGACAGAAAACAUGUUGUGCUGGAUGCCACGUGGGUCCAUCGUUGUGCUGGAUGCCAUUAAUAAUUAGAGACAGAGAACAUAUAUUGUGCUGCAGGAUGCCAACUUCCUAUGAUGAGGUAGACCUCCUGCACUGGCUCCAACAAAAAUCCUAGAAUAAACUAACAUUUAUGCCUAAAAUGACAGUCAGU